GGUUCGAAACAUAAAUGAAUAAAGCAAAAAAAUAGCUUGAAAAAACUUAUUGAACUAAUUUUUAAUUUCCCAAUGUUAUUUUCUUUUUAUAUAAAAUAAUGACGUAUUAGCUUUCUUAUAAAUAAUAGUUUAUUUAAAGUAAGUUCCCCAAGUUUUACUUAGUGUUAAAAUAAAAAGUGGUGCUUAAGGGAAUUUUGUAACUAUGUCUGGAAUGCUGUAUGGAGGCGAUGAAAUUGGAGCUUUGGUAUUCGAUCCGGGACAUCAUUCUUUAAGAGUUGGGUAUGCCCAAGAAGAUACACCUAAAGCGGAAAUUCCCGCAAUUGUAGGAGUUGCACCAAACGAUGCACCUAACCUCGAUGUUGAGGACAAAAAGCCGGAUAAUAACAUUACACAAAGCCCUCAUGGCUGGAAACAUUAUGUGGAUACAACUUUUUUACAUAAUCCACGUCCGAAUAUGGAAUUGCAUAGUUACAUGAAAGAUGGAAUGAUUGAAAAUUGGGAUUUGUUUGAGAAAGUUUUAGAUUACACAUAUAGUAAAGUUAUCCAGUCAGAGUCACAAUAUCAUCCUGUACUAUUUUCGGAGUCACCAUGGAAUGUUCGACAAAAGAGAGAACGUUUAACUGAAUUAUUGUUUGAAAAAUAUAAAGUACCUGCAUUCUUUUUGGUGAAAAAUGCUGUUUUAGCUGCAUUCGCAAAUGGACGAUCAACGGCUCUAAUUGUAGAUAGUGGGGCUACACAUACUUCAGCAGUACCUGUGCAGGAUGGUUACGUUUUGAGUCAAGCUGUUGUAAAAGCUCCUUUAGGCGGUGAUUAUGUUGCAUUACAAUGUCGAACACUUUUAGAAUCACAAAAUAUAGACUUAACUCCAGCAGCGCUUGUAACUAGUAAAGAAGUAGUUCGGGAAAAGGAAACACCCAAAUAUACUAAAAAAGUCUUAGGUUUUACUCCGACAACUACUUGGAUGACAUAUAUGAGUAAAAAGACUGUUUUAGAUUUCCAACAAACAGUAUUACAGGUUUCAGAAUCUCCAUACGAUGAACGUGUAGCGGCCUCAAUACCUGCUGUUCAUUAUGAAUUUCCUACAGGAUAUCAUCAAGAUUUUGGUCCUGAACGAUUUAAAGUUCCUGAAUGCUUGUUUGAUCAUGCAAUGUUAGGAGCAGGACAUUUAGCUGCCACCAGUGCUGGAAUGUGUGACGUUGAUGUUCGCCCAGCCCUUUAUAGCAGUGUGGUUUUAACUGGAGGAAAUUCUUUGCUUCAAGGAUUCAGUGAACGAUUAAGUAGGGAUUUAUCAUUACGAACACCUGGAUCAAUGCGAUUAAAAUUAAUAUCAGCAAAUGGUACGGCUGAACGCCGUUUUGGUGCAUGGGUUGGGGGCUCAAUACUUGCUUCAAUUGGUACAUUCCAACAAAUGUGGUUAUCUAGCCAAGAGUAUGCUGAAUCUGGAAAAAGUCAAAUUGAUCGAAAAUGUCCAUAACAAUAUUAUAUAUUAAUAAUAAUUAUUAUUAUUUUUGAAGGACUUUAUACUUGUACGUAUUAAGUAAAAACAAACUUUUUAAUUUUAAGUAUCGUAAUAA